UAAAUCCAUGGCUUCGUAUAACUUUGCUCGUAUAAUUCUCUUCUCUACAAUCCUUUUUGUCCUCUUCACGCCUCAUCAAUGUCACAUAAACAAGAACGCAAUUGAGCAGGGAGACACAGAGAUUAUAACGCCUUCGAAUGCAAGUCAAAGUGAUUUAAAGGAGGAAAAAAUACAUCUUGAUUUUUGCAAGAAUGAUAAGUGUACUUCUGGAAGAUGCUGGUGUUGUCUUAGACCUGGCCCUUAUUUUGAAGUAUGCUUUCAUCAUCAAGAUUUGUGUCAGGCACAUUGCGUGCCUUAUUCUCCACUAGGGAAACAUCGAAAAAUUUUACCAUGAUCAUUUUAUAUUUGAACAAGUGUAUAUGUAACACAUAUAUACACUGAAUAAUUUGGUUUUCGAUCAAAAAUAUUUAAGGAGUUUAUCUGCAAAUUAUAU